UCUCGAUCUCAAAGUCUCAAAACCCAAUAAUUUAAUUCAAUACUGGAAAAUAAAAAUUCCAUAUUUCAAUAUCAGAGAUUUCAGAGGUUAAAAGUCUCAACCAAUCCCAUCAACACUUAUCAAUUACAGAAAAAGUAUCGACAUUUAAACACAAAGCCCGCGCCACUGGCCACAGUGGCCUAAGUCUCUACUUACCCUCACUCCCUCCAUUGCCCCCUACUUUUUUCCUUCUUCCCUCUAUUUUGUUCAAAUUUCUUAUCUUUUUCUACUGUUCUUUGAUUCCCUCUUUCUAUCUUUCUCUGUUGCUUUUCAUUACUCUGUUUUUAGUUCAAAUUCAUCUGACCCAGGUCACUGUUCUCUUUCACAUUUCUCGAUCACUUGGUAAAACACUCAUGAAGAUCUCAUUAUCUUUUUCUCCUUCCUCUUCCUCCAGCCCGUCUUCCUUUGAUGGCAGUUUGGGUUCUUCCCGAAGUGCCACCACCGGGUGUUUGUCCGGUAUAUUACGUCGUCUCCUCUGCACUGGUAGUCUCCCUACAUACCCAUGUGAUCAAAUCAAAGAAGCCGAAUUCCUGAAGCUAGUUCAGCCCCAUGAUUCCAAGAUUGAGAAGAUUGAAGCUCCUGCAACACCUGGGAUAGUAGCCAGGCUAAUGGGUCUCGAAUCCUUGCCGGAGCUGAAUUGGGUUCCGACGGGGAAGACUCCAGAUACAAUCGGCCGGAGCAGGUCGGUGAACUCUGCAGAUUACUGGUCUGAAUUUGACCCAAUGCAAGGGAGGCAUCGACGGGUCAGGACGUCUUUGUCGUUUCGUGAACCUCCUACUUUUUUACAAUUAGAGAACGACGAUUUCUUUCUGCUCAGCUUUGAAAAUGUGGCUGUAAAAGGUAAGGGUUUUGGAUCAAAGGGGAAGAAAUCUGAGAUGGGUUCUGAAGAUUUGAAGCAGAGGAGGGUAGAGGUGAAUAAAAACAAGGAGAACAGAAGAGAGACAGUGUUGGAGAAGAAGAAUAAGAAGAACAAGGAAGAGGAAGGGAGCAAGAGGAAGGUUUACAAGGAAGAUGGCAAGAAAAUGAAGAGGAUCACUGAUAAGCACUGUCGAAAAGCCGGUAAUGGUAGUAGCAGAAUCAAGGAUUCGGGUUUGUCUCCUCCUCACAAUAAGGAAGUUCACAGAAAAUCAAUCCAUGUUUCCAGGACAGUUAGUCCAACGAAGUCUAAGAACAAAAAAGAAGUUACAGAAAGAGCAUUAUCUCCAAAGAAGAGACAGAGCCGAUCUCUCACCAAGAAAAUCGAACCCGAAUCUGACACCGAGAACACGAGCCCAGUUUCUGUUCUUGAUCUGGGUGAUUUUUUGAUCGAGCCCAGAACUCCCAUAUCAGAGGAAGGUGUGAAGCCAAGAGGUUCCAAUUCAAGGAGGAAACUUUCAGCAGAACUUCUAAAAUCUGAUGAGUGCCCAUCUCAACACUUACCCCGUAUUUCAAUCUCUGAAGACAGGAAAUCAAGAGGGACUAACAGGAACGAUAGCGAAUCAGAGAAGGCUAUUUGUCAUACUCAGGACAAUGUAGAGCUGUGGGGAGGGAUCUGCAAGUUAGCAGAAGAAAACUUGGUGGGUUCAAACUGGAUUUCCAAAGAGAUGUCAAAGUUGGAGGAGUUUGAAGAGAUAGGGAUCGAGUUUGGUCUACAAAUAGUUGACCAACUUGUAAAUGAGAUCAUUGAUGAACUCUGCCGACUUCCAUCAAGAAUUUGUUCUGUAAUGACUGAAGAGAUCAUGUAAUAACUUUGUAUAAACAAACUCUACAGAAUUCCUUCUUUUUUGACUAUUUAACUUUUUCCAUCACUGUAUUGAAGUUACAUCCAUGUAAUGACCGAAGGAGAAGAACUGUAUGAACUGUGUAUAUAUCUACAGAGUUUCUUCUGCA